GUAACCACAAAACGUGUUGAAGCAGGUCUCUAAUGAGUCGUUUGGCAGAAGUGCGGUGUUGGUCAGCUAGUGUAAUGGCGUUUUCCUUCGAUGAAGAGGAUAAUCGUUCUCUGUUGCCACUAAAUGCUCCAUUUGGACAUGUUUCAAAUGAGCAUAAAUUAACAACUCGCUGCGAAGAUUAUGAUAAAGAUUGUGAUCCGCCAUUCGAAGACAAGCUUAAGUGUACCAUUUGUCGUCGAGGGAUUCGAGAACCAGUACAAAGGAAGUGUGGUGACAGAUACUGUAGGAAAUGUCUUGAAGGCUUCAUCAGAUGUAGUGCUGGUGCUUUACCUUGCCUGGAGGAUGCAGAAUCGCUUUCACAGUCAAAGAUCCAUCCAGACAAUUUUGCAAAGCAGGAAACUUUGAAAUUGGAAGUUUUCUGCAAAGCAAGAGGUUCUGGAUGUCCUUGGAAAGGUGCUCUUUCACUGUUAGAGGAUCAUUCCAAAAUAUGCCUCCAUAUUUUUGUGGAAUGUAAACAUAACUGUGGGGUGCAGCUAAAAAGGAAAAAUCUCUGCCAUCACAUGGAAAAUGAAUGUGUGCUCAGGAAGUCUCUCUGUGAGCACUGUGGCAGUGCAGUUUCAUGGUGUGAGUUGGAGAAACACUUUGGAAGUUGCCCAAAGUAUCCUCAGCAAUGUGAUAAAUGUAAACAAGAAGGCAUACAGAGAGACAAGAUGAAGUUACACUUACAACACCAUUGUCCAAAUGUAAAGACAGACUGCCCAUUCAAACAUGGUGGUUGUGAAUUUGAGGGCUUUCGAUCUGGUGCAGGGAAACACCUUGUGGAACAACAUCUGAGUCAAAUCACCGAUUUGAUGAAAAUUUUUCUCAUAUAUCAUGAGGAGGUCAUGCAGACAAAUGCUGUAAAGGGGACAGAGGUAAAAUUGGAGGAUGAAAAUAAGUUUCCUUCUGAAAAACAGGCAAUUUGGACCCAAUGGCUGGAAAGUGAAGUUGGUGACCUUCAGAAAACCCUUCAUAAGCAGCGCAAGGAAAUUGACCGUUUAACCCUUCAGCAGAAGGAAACAGUUGACAGGGUAGAUGAACUGGAAGUUGAGGUGAAGUUGCUACGUCAAGAACAGCAACUUUGUAAUGGAAGGUAUGUCUGGAAGAUAGAAAACAUUGACAGGUGUUGCCAAGAUGCCAUCAGUGGUGUAAGCCCAGUCAUGUACAGUCCAGGUUUUUAUGCCAGUCCACAUGGGUACAAAUUGUGCUUGAGGAUUAAUUUAAAUGGUGUGAAGAGUGGAGUUGGUACACAUGUGGCUCUUUAUGUUCAUAUGAUGAGAGGUGAUUAUGACAACCACUUGGAAUGGCCAUUUUCAAAAGGUUUCUCCUUAUCUAUUGUGGAUCAGUCGGAUGAUGAGUCGCUCCAGUACCACAUUACAGAAACUGUGAUAACCAAACCUGAACUGAGUGCCUUUCAAAGACCAGUACCUCCACACAAUGUAAUAAGUUCUGAGUAUUCUGGUUACAAACAUUUUGCUCCAAUUGACAAGAUCCACAAGCCACAGUAUUGUAAGAAUAAUACUUUGUUAGUGAAAUUUGAGCUCACUGAUUAAUCCAGAGCUGUUAUGAGCAGCUUGGAGCUCUCAUUGCACACUCUGUCUUAUUUCAAGACUAAAAACAACUGAACUGACUGGUUUUCUUCACAGCAUAUAUACCGGAUAUAUAUUUAUUUAAAAGAUUAC